AUGAAUAACAGAAAGGUUAAAGUGCAUCGUGGAGAAGGUGUUUUUGACUAUUCUAAAUGGAAAGAUUUGAAAGUUGGAGACACAGUAAAGGUUGAAAAAGAUGAAUUUUUCCCUGCUGAUCUCUUCUUACUUUCAUCAAGCUAUGACGAUGCAAUUUGCUACGUUGAGACCUUGAAUCUUGUUGGAGAAACAAAUCUUAAGCUGAAACAAGCACCGGAAGAAACUUCAAAGUUGCAAGAAGACUCAAGCUUCCAAAAUUUUGAGGCUAUCAUCAAAUGUGAAGAUCCAAAUGCAAAUUUGUACUCAUUUAUAAGCAGCCUUGAUCUCCAAGAUCAACUGUAUCCUCUUGCACCUCAGCAGCUACUGCUUAGGGACUCAAAGCUGAGGAACACAGAUUUUAUCUAUGCUGUGGUAAUCUUUACAGGCCAUGAUACAAAGGUUAUGCAGAAUUCUACUGAGCCUCCAUCAAAGAGAAGCAAAGUUGAGAAACGGAUGGAUAAGAUCAUCUACUUUCUGUUCUCUGUCUUAUUUUUUAUUUCUUUUAUUGGUUCUAUUUUCUUUGGGAUUGCAACAAGGGAGGACCUUGAAAAUGGUGUAAUGAAGAGAUGGUACCUUAGACCAGAUGAUACCACAAUUUACUUUGAUCCAAAGAAAGCACCAGUUGCAGCAAUUCUGCAUUUCUUGACUGCACUUAUGUUGUAUAGUUACUUGAUUCCGAUAUCAUUGUAUGUCUCCAUUGAAAUUGUGAAAGUUCUUCCAAGCAUUUUCAUCAACCAGGAUGUUCACAUGUAUUAUGAGGAAACUGACCAGCCAUCACAUGCUCGUACCUCAAAUUUGAAUGAAGAACUUGGCCAAGUUGAUACUAUACAUUCAGAUAAAACAGGAACUUUGACUUGCAAUUCUAUGGAAUUUGUCAAGUGUUCGCUGAGUGUCUGGAACACGGUCUCGACGUCCUUCUUGUGA